AUGAGCGUUUCUUCCAAAAGAGAAAAGUUUAAUCAAUAUUUAGCCGCCGGCAAAGUCGUUGAAACUCUUGAGCGUGCUAUGAAGAGUCUUCAAGAGCAAUCCCCAAGGCCAGAAGACCCACUUGCUUUUAUUCGCGAAGUUAUUGGAGCUCCACCAGCCCAAAAUGUUGAUGCCUUAGUUCGAAAGAAUCAACAACUUCGUACGCGUGUCAUUCAGCUCAAAAAUUUACUUUCUUUACCAUCAAUUUAA